AUUUCCGUCGUACUCACUUGAGCACACAUACUCGGGAAGAAGAAGACCAAAGGAGGAAGAAAUGUCUGCAAGAGGAAAGCGAAAAGACGACGAAGAUCAUGUAUAUGAGGGAGAUGCUCCUCCAAAGAAGACAUUCAGGAAAGAUUCCGAUGAAACUGAUGAAAUCGUCGUCUGCGAGAUUUCAAAGAACCGUAGGGUUAUGGUGAGGAACUGGCAAGGAAAGAUUGUGGUGGAUAUUCGGGAGUUUUAUGUCAAAGAUGGAAAGCAGAUGCCUGGAAAGAAAGGAGCUUGGAAAAACUUAUGCGGGACCUUCUAUGGGAAGGAUUGGAGGAAGGUAAAGGAGUGCACCUGCUUAUUUGGGAGGUCGUAAGGAAGCCUAUGCACCAGGAAGAGUUGGGAGUUAGUGAAUUUAUGGGCUUGUAACAUAGGGUUAUUGGCAAAGUGGUGACGGCGUUUCCCCUUUUGAGUCUACUUCUCGUUGGUAUAGGAUUAUCGUGAGCUAGUAUUACUCUCAUUCCUUCUAAUGGACGUCGAGUGGGGUUAAAGGCACAUUCAAAAACCUGUGGAAAGAUAUUUUCAAUGAGCCUUUUUCUUUUUCUGAUUUAAUUAAGUGUGUGGUGGUGAUAGGAGUGAUACAUUUUUUAGGGACAAUAGGUGGAUGAUGGAUCGACCCCUCUACAGCAUGUUUCCUGGUCUUAUCAUUUAUUCUCUAUGAAAGACUGGUGUUUUACUGAUGUACUAAUUCAUUUUGUCAUUUGUUUAGGUUCCGUCAUUUCUUGGACAGGAAAACAAUGGAGGUAAUGGCUUUCCUUUCUUUAACCGGAGAGUUUGAGCUUAGAUCGGAAGAGGAUUUCAUUUGUGGAGCCCUAAUACUUUUGAAUGCUUUUCUCAUUAUUAUUGUGCCCUUUUCCAUCUAGGGAGUCUAUUUCUUUGAUUCUUUUGAAGGUGAAAAUUCUAAAAAAGUUGAAGUUAUUUAUUUAUUUUUCGGCUGGUUAUCCAUGGAAGAAUUAAUACUUUGGAUAGGCUUUUGAGGAAGUUGUCAUUUUGGGAAGGCCUAUAUGUUGUAUCCUUUUUCAGAGGGCUGUGGAAGGUUAGGAUACUUUAUUUUCAAGUUGUGAUUAUGCUCAAAUGGUGUGGAAUUACUUCAUUGGUGUGUUUGGCAUAUAGCUUGCUUGACACAAAGAUUUUAGUGAAAUGAUCAAACAGUUCCACCCCCAUCCGCCAUUUUGGGAGAAAGGAUGUUCUUUAUGCCAAAUGGGUGUGUACUUUAUUGUGGGCAUUUGGAGAGAGAGAAAUUAUAGAAAGUUGGUCUCUUAUAAAAAACAAACAAACAAAAAUUUCCCGGUAUGAAAGUUUUUACAGCUUUUGUUAUCAUUUUAAUUGGAUAGAGGGAUAUUUGUAUGCUUCUAAAGGAGAUUUUAUUCCUUUUAACCUUUCAUUAUUGUGGGGAAGUUUAAAAAACGUAACCUUACCUCUAGGCUUUAGGCUUGGUAUUGAAACUUAUCCAAAAAUUUGAAAAUUGAGACACACCCCCUCAUGCAUCUUCUCUACCUCUUACCAAAGCCACUACCUGGAAAAAUAGCAUCAAGGAAUUCUAAGCUUGUUAAAGGUGUCUUUACUUUAGAAAGUUUAGAAACUUUCCCGGUGAAGGUAAUCUAGCUUGUUGUAUAAACUUGUUUAGGUUCAAAUAAACUGAACUCUAUUGAUAUGGGGAACAUAUAAACUCUGUUUUGAGUAGAGUAUUCGGUAUUUCGCACACACUUGGCAUGUGUCAAACUGUUGGGUAUCUUCCUUAUUUUCCUUUGAUGGAUAAUAGAAACCAACGAUGAGUUCACAAAAUAACAAGGUCAUACUUUACUGGAUUGAAGCCCCUUCUGUAGAUUGAUUCUUGUUUCCCCUUUGUUUGUGGACUAUGCCCUUCUACUCUCUCAAUAAAUUUUUUUGUUUAUCAUCAUAAACAGAAAAAAUAUAUAUAUUGCAUCAAGAUACAAGGUAGAACUCCCCAGCCAAUUUGCGAGUUUUGGUAAACUCUCCCAAGAGACUAUUUCUCCUCAGACUAAUCUCCUAACCAAUUUCCUACACUACUCACCCCUUCUCAACUUUCAGACACCACCCCCACCAACUGUCGCCUUUUGUCCUGCUUACUAGAUGUAUGAACUUUCGGAGGGCUGACAUAGUAUUUCAAAAAGCUCAAAAGGUGCAAAACUUAUUUUUUAUUUUUAAAUUUGGAUAUGCUGAGAUGUAGCAGAAGCAUACUUAGCAGAGAACUCGUUUGUUAUUGGAAAAUAAAGAACAAUUAUGGUGUCUUCUGCCGUUCCAUGAUUACUAUCACCCAAAUCUCUCAGACAAGGAUAUAGAGUAGUAGAGAAAAUUUAGAGGCAGACUUAGCAUAAGAGAAAGAGAACCAUAUGAACGAGGGAGAAGGAGAAAGAUAGUUGGGCCAAUAGUGGAAGUGGGAAUAUAUCUAGCGAAGAGUGAUAGGUUGGUUUCAGUGCAGGAGAAAUCAAUUGUGGAGGAUAGAAGUUUGAUUUUUUUGGUUGAAAAGUUAUUGCAAAAAAGACUUCUGAUUUGGAUGGGUUGGAAUCCGACUUUCUUGUUUUAAAAGCUGUUGAAACCGAGGCUUCAAAUUUUGAUUUGCAGUGGUUCAAUCUUCAUAACCCUUUUUUACACUCCAAAAGGGAUUUAUUACUACUACCAUUUAUUUCUGGGCUGUCAUGGAAACGUUUUAAAUAUAUUGGUACUUGUUCAAAAAAAGGUCUGCUUAUGUAUAGGUAGGACUACACAACUUCUUGUCCAUCCCUUGAUGCAUUUCAACAAUCUCAGUUCUAAUGCUUGCACCCUUUCGGAUUGCAACACUAUGCAUGCUAUAUUGUGUAGUCAUAUAUAUAAAUAUAUGAAGUUGCAUAUGUAGCCAAGCUUAACAUAAAAUAAGAUAGUAAAACACUGAAAAUUUUGGAUCUCACGUUAUCAGCUGUGAAGUAAUUUGAACAGAAGAGCGUUUCUCCAAAUGAAAAACUAUGCAAUAAAACCUCUGAUCGGCCUCUAUUUUAAAUCUCUCUCCAAGUACAAAUGGGGGAAUUAAUCCCUGAUGGCAUUUAGAGUUUUGGUAGGGUACUUGUUUAAAUUUGAGUUUAAACUUGUGUGGCUAAGGACUUUAGUUUUUGUUCAUUAUCUCUCAUUCUUUUAAAUUUGAGCUUUUCUUUGGUAGCUUUGUAGUUAGUCUAUUGUUCUUGGGCCCUUUUGUUUUAGUUUUUUU